AUGUCACCUCUCGCAUCACGCUCCUUACUUAGAGGAGCUACUAAGCUCACCUCUAACAUUUCGAGGCGAUCCAUCUCCUCCUUCGACAAGUCGCCUCCCUCUCCCAUUAAGCGCGCCAGCGAGCAAGCUCACCCAAUCGGCCCUUACUAUGAGUCCAUCAUUGUGAACCCUCAACCAAUUCCCGAUAAGAAGCCCGAGGAGCCUCCUACAUCUUCUCCCAAGGCACCACGCAGCACUGCCAAGAAGACCGCCGCGGCACAAGACGAACGGCAACAGCCAGUAAACACGUCCGCGACGCCCGUCCCUUCACCCUCAGCAGAACCUGCCACAGCACAAGAAAAAGCCCGCAUCAUCUUUGGAUCCCCACUGGCAGGACCUUUUGAGCGCCAAGAGAGGUUACGAGCCAUCCAAGACAAGAGUACCAACAUAGCAGGAGUCAUGGUACCGCCGAGACCCGAAGAGCCAGACAACUGCUGUAUGAGUGGCUGUGUCAACUGUGUCUGGGAUCGAUAUCGCGACGACGUCGAGGAAUGGGCCGCUCUAAGUAAAGAAGCAGAAAAACGACUACAAGCCGACCGCGCGCAAGGUCCUGUCGAGGUGCUGGGUAGUGUGAGUGCUGUCAAAGGCAUACGAGAUUUGAAGGGGCCGGCGACCGUGGGAUCCAAGAUUGGCAGUGCGCAUGUCAAUCAGGUAACAAGCAUGGAUGAUGGUAGAGGUGGCAGCGACACGAGUUGGCCGGUGGAUCAACACAAGAUUACCAAGGACCUUUGGGAUGAAGAUCUAUAUAAGGGUGUCCCCGUGGGUAUCCGCGAAUUCAUGAAAACUGAGAAAAAAUUAAGAAAGAGGCACGAGGAAGAAGAAAGUCUUGGUGGUUGA